AUUUGUGUCUUUUUGCCUAUUGUUUCCGACUUAUUCUGAGAUUCGGGAACAACAACCUUCCUUGUUGAGACUUCUUCAAGAAGAACCCGUCGGACUUUUCUUGGUUUAGACUUUCGAUAUAGCUAAGGCGACAGCGACGAACAUCUCCGACAAUACUCUCUAAGCUCGGACCUUUUCCUGUCCAGCUGUCCCGCAUCGUGCAGUCCCUAGACGGACGUCAAAAGAAAGACCUCGCAUCUCCACUCUCACCAGCUUCGAUAUUAUCAUAAUGUCUACCCCCGCUUUGCCGCGGAACACUGCCUUCCAGGUCCGGUCACUGUUCCGGUCCUUGCUCCGCCAAUCCACCCAGUUUGCAAACUACAACUUCCGCGAAUAUGCCCGUCGCAGAACAUUGGAUGCUUUCCGCGAGCACAAGGGUGAAACGGAGGAUCGGAAGAUUCAAGAGUUGAUCCAGGAGGGCUUGCAGAACCUACGGAUGCUGAAGAGACAAACCACGAUCAGCCAGUUUUAUCAGAUGGAUAGAUUGGUUGUUGAGGGCGGGGAGACGGUAGGUCCUAACGAACAGAAGGCGCUGUCAGGGCAUAAGAUUAACACUUUUCAGGGGAAACAAACCGGGCAAGAAGGUGAUAUUGUUCGCCAGAAGGAUACUGGUUGGGAUUAAUUGGCCCUGCUCUAGCGACACAUGGUGAUUAAAAUAUACAUGACAUACUGAGGGCGAUAUGGCAUUUGUUUUUCUUGAAUCAUUACUUUAGCCACUGAACCUGUGAUGGUGGCCGCAGCAGUUGGGGGGCGACUGAAUAGACCGGGCGUGUUCUGUACUUUUAAUGGAUGAUCCUACGCUGUAGGUAGCAUUGUUUAUAUUCUGUCUAAAUGCGACCAUUCUCUCCUUAUCUUUA